CAUGCCAUUCUUUGCCAACUCGUCUUGUGUUGGGUUCAUAGCGUAACCCCACAAUUGUUCUUUUGUGGCUUUGGCAGGAUUUAUUUUUAUUCUUUGUGCUUCCCAUAUCACCCCAGCCUCUUGUAGCUUAUUUCAUGGGCACUAUUCACGCACAGAUAGCCAACAAUUAACGGGGAUUUAAAUGUUUAGUUUGUAAUAUAAGAAUAAAUGUGGAGAUGUCCGGUUAUAUGGAGACUAAUUGAAAUAGCACCGUGAUUAGGCGUGAUCCUAAUGAAGUUUUCACUUUGAAUUUGUGAUAGUGCAGUAUUAAUUUUGGAAUAUUUUGAUUAAGUUCCUGAUCGUUCUGUCAGUUUAGCACUGAGAUUAAGUCUUCGGUUUUAUGCGAUUUGAGGUAAGUAAAUUUAUGGUAAUGCCCACAGUUUUUAAAAGCAUGUUUUGAUUUGUUUUUGAAGUGGUGGCGAGACUAAACCCGUUUUACACAAGUAUGAUCGAUUGAAAUGGAAUUUUUAUGCUUUUCAUUAAAUUGAGCAUGCUUACUUGAAAUAUAAUUGAUUGUCCUGAUGAUUUGAAAGUGAUUGGUGAAUUAUGAUUUUUCUGUUAAUUUUUGCCUGUUUUGUCUCCAAUGUGGUCAUGUUAUUAGUGACCCUGCUAGUGGGGGUUAAACGCUAGCACAUGUCGACAUGUUAUUGAUAGAGCCGCAAAUAGUGUAGCCUGCCAGUGGGAGGUUUAUAACACUGGCCAUGACCUAUAUGUCUAUUUCGUUCCUGUACUGUAUCCAUUUUUCGUGAUUAUACUUGUUGGCAUGCUAUAAGUUUAAUAAGGGGCAUUCUAUAUUUUACUUACUGAGUUUAUCUCAUAGUUUUUCCUUAUCCACCAUUUUAGGAAGCGAAACCGAGGAUGGGGAAACCACGGGAAGUGAUGAGUUAGAAGGCUAGCCAUUUUGAGAUUGAUAUAGAUUUUAGAAAUAAAUCAUGCUGUUGUAAGAUAAAUUUUACCUUGAAUUUAUGAGAUCAAAACAGAUUUCGAUCAUUAGAUCAAUUACUUAGAUUUCAGUCAUUUUGGAUAUAGAAAUCAAAUUGAAUUAUUUGAUUUAAGUUAUUGGAUUGUCAGAUGUGAAUUGGAUAAGUUUUGAGCCUUGUGCAUUUGUGGGACCCUCUCAUGAGUGCACGGCGUUUGUCGCGCCUCGGAUUUGGGUUCUGGGGCGUGACAUUAUUAGUGACCCUGCUAGUGGGGGUUAAACACUAGCACAUGUCGACAUGUUAUUGAUAGAAUCGGUUCGUUCGAGUGACCCUGUUAGUGGGGAUUAUACACCAGCAAAUAGUGUAACCUGCCAAUGGGAGGUUUAUAACACUGGCAUGACCUAUAGAGGAGACGUCUAUUUCGUUCUCGCACUGUAACCAUUUUUUUUUUUAUUAUGAUUACACUUGUUGGCAUGCUAUAAGUUUAAUAAGGGGCACUCCAUAUUUUACUUACUAAGUUUAUCUCAUAGUUUUUCCUUGUCCACCAUUUCAGGAAGCGAAACCAAGGACGGGGAAACCACGGAAAGUGACGAGUUAGAAGGCUAGCCAUUUCGAGAUUGAUAUAGAUUUUAGAAAUAAAUCAUGCUUUUGUAUGAUAAAUUUUACCUUGAAUUUAUAAGAUCAAAACAGAUUUCGGUCAUUAGAUCAAUUACUUGAUUUAAGUCAUUUUGGAUAUAGAAAUAAAUUGAGGUAUUUGAUUUAAGUUAUUGGAGUGUUAGAUGUGAAUUGGAUAAGUUUCGAGCCUUGUGCAUUUGUGGGACCUUCUCACGAGUGCACGAUGUCUGCCACGUCCCCAGAUUUGGGUUCUGGGGCGUGACAGAUCUAGUGAUAUCAGAGCUUAGGUUUAAAUUAAAAGCUUAGGAUUAAAUUAAGCACCUCCAGAUUGAAUGGUAUCAAAGCUUAGACUUGUGACUUGAAUAGAAUUUUCUGUAUGCUCUUUUGCCACAAUUGUAAAAUCUGGGGAGUUGCAGAGAUCUUUUGUUAUUGAUCCUGUUGGUCUCUACAGCAUAGUUGGUUGAGAAAUUUGUUCUGUUUGUCACAUGACUUGUGGAAGAUGGGCAAUCCUCUACUUUGUAAGAGAUUCAAGGCUAUUUUAGCAAAUGUUGUGUGUUUUCUAGAUGCAUUUUAGGAACUGGAUAACUUGGUAAUUUCGUUACUCAUUAUCUUUCUG